AUGGAGGUAUGCUACUCUCUGCAGCGGAGCCCCUUCUUCUUGGAUUUUGGGAAGGAAGAGAUACCUGGGUUUGCUUGGAGGCGGCGUAAAGCUAUCGCCAAGCUGGUUUCGGACACUGGGGCUAAUUCGUGCGCUUCCGUAGGGGAACGGAAAGAUUUCGAAGUUUACAGCUGCGAUGUCUCGCCCGAUGGAAAGAGAUUAGUGACUGCUGCUGGAGGUGAGCCUUUGCUGGUCUUUGAGCUGGAUGGAACGCAGACGGGUGCAAGCCUGAUGCUAACACUUUACUUUCGGUGCGCUUUAGAUGGAUACGUCCGGAUCUGGUCUACGGAGGCCAUAUACAACACUGGUAAUCCGGAGUUCGCAAGCAAGCCGAAACAGCUCGCCUCAAUGAGCAAUCAUUCUGGCACGAUUCAUACUGUUCGCUUCUCGCCCAAUGGCAAGUACCUUGCCUCCGGGGCGGACGAUAAGAUCGUCUGCGUGUACACGCUUGAUUCGAAUCCUCCAACACACUCCACAUUCGGCUCGGACGAGGCACCCCCGGUCGAGAACUGGCGCACAAUUCGGCGAUUGAUCGGCCACGACAACGAUGUGCAGGAUUUGGGAUGGUCGCACGACUCGUCGAUUCUGGUCUCCGUCGGUCUCGACUCGAAGGUUGUCGUGUGGUCGGGGCAUACGUUCGAGAAGCUGAAAACACUAGCCGUGCACCAGAGUCACGUCAAGGGUAUCACCUUCGACCCGGCGAACAAGUACUUUGCCACGGCCAGUGACGAUCGUACCGUGCGCAUCUUCCGUUUUACGUCCCCUGCCCCGAACUCCAGCGCCCAUGACCAGAUGAAUAAUUUCGUCUUGGAACAUACCAUCUCCGCACCCUUUGCUAACUCUCCCCUGACCGCAUAUUUCCGCCGCUGUUCCUGGUCGCCAGAUGGUAUGCAUAUCGCUGCUGCGAAUGCCGUCAACGGCCCGGUCAGCUCGGUUGCCAUUAUCAACCGUGGCUCUUGGGAUGGAGAUAUCAACCUCAUCGGGCAUGAAGCACCUGUCGAGGUUUGCUCAUUUUCUCCCCGUCUCUACUCAAGGGAGCCGGUGGAUCCGAAGCAGCCUGACAACCACGCAGCGCAGCACCAUAUAACUGUGAUUGCGUGUGCUGGAGCAGAUAAGUCACUAAGUGUCUGGAUCACGAGCAAUGCGCGCCCGAUCGUGGUUGCACAGGAAAUGGCCGCCAAGUCGAUCUCGGAUCUCGCAUGGAGCCCCGAUGGCACCUGUCUCUAUGCUACGGCUCUGGAUGGCACAAUUGUGGCUGUGCGAUUUGAGGAUGGCGAGCUGGGCUGGGCAACAGAGAUGGAAGAGAAUGAAAAGUCGCUCACCAAGUUUGGAACGAAUCGCAAGGGCGCCGGUAUCACAGAGACUACCGAUAGUCUGCUGCUAGAGGAGAAGAGCAAAGCUGGGGAGAUCAAGGGUGUAGAGGGCCGAAUGGGUGCGCUGAUGGGCGAUGGUCAUGCCGAACCUGCUGUCAACGGAGGAUCCGCAUCGCAGCCAUCGAAUGGCACAACACCUGCUCGAGUCCCGUCACCAGCCCCAGAGACGAACAAGACGCAGACGAAUGGGACUUCUUCAACACCUGCCGCCGAAGCUGCGAAGCCAGAUCCGUACCAUGCCAAGUUGGAGAGGUUGAAGCAACGACCGACGUACACAAAAGAAGGCAAGAAGCGUAUUGCACCCUUGCUGGUUUCUGGAGCUGGAGCUGGCGAAUCUUCUCUUCCCCAGGCCCGUUUGAUGGCGUCUGUUAGCAGUCAGGUCAAAGCCGAUGCCCCAACGUCACUUGUUGACCUUUCGAAGCCGUUUGAUGGCUUGCCGAAGGGUGGCUUGACUGCUCUACUCUUCGGGAAUAAGCGUAAACUUGCGCAGCUGGAAGGCGAUGAGGAGGGUCUGGCUGAGAAGCGUGUCGCUGUUGCAAGUCAGAACGGCGCCACUCCCAUCAUGGCGAACACGCCUGAUGGCCUUCUACCAGCGGUUGUGCAACCUGCAGCAACCGGCCAAGAACCAACCCCCGACUUCAUCCGUCCUGCAGUCACGAACCCCUGCAUGUCCGUUAGCCAGGUGCGGUUAGCAGUCCCUAAGAUUCGCAGUCACAUCCUCCGUGCACUUGACCCUAAUGGGAAACCCACUGAGCCACCUGCCCAGGCAGGCGACUCAAGUUCAAAAGACAAAGGCCGCGUUGAUGUGGUCUUCGAGGCGCGGAAUCCCUCGCCGGCCAGCCUGACCGGGCGGGCAGUGGACCGCGAGCCAGUCCGCCUUACUCUUUUCCGCGGGGAGCAGCCAUUGUGGCAAGACUUUUUGCCCAAAUCUGUGCUCCUUGUCACUGGAAAUCAGAGCAUGUGGGCCGCUGCUUGUGAAGACGGUUCUGUUUACCUCUGGACUCCUGCAGGCCGCCGCUUGGUAAACGCGCUGGUCUUGGAAGCACAGCCAGUCAUCUUGGAGUGCAAUGGUCCCUGGAUCAUGUGUAUCUCUUCGGUGGGCAUGUGCUAUGUCUGGAACGUGAAGCACCUGUCCUCCCCGCACCCUCCUGUCUCUCUCCAGCCCGUUCUCGACGCUGCUCUCCACACUAUGGGCGGCAAUCCCACCGCAGCACCCGCCGUCACAGAUGCACGCAUCAACUCCGAAGGCCGGAUAGUUGUUUCCCUCACCAACGGCGAGGGAUACUCCUACUCACCGUCCAUGUACACGUGGCAACGCGUCUCGGAGGCGUGGUGGGCCGUCGGCAGCCAGUAUUGGAACUCGACUGAUGCGCCAGUGGGCAACCUGCAGGCUAGAGAGGCCAAUCAAGAUACCAAAGAUGCAAAGGCAGCUGUCUCGGCCGGCAUCAUUCCCUUUCUGGAGCGCAACACCACCAAUGAGACCCUCCUGCGGGGCCGAGCUUACUUCCUGCAGCGGCUUAUCAAAGUCCUUCUCUCGCGCGAAGGCUAUGAAACAUUCGAGUCUAGUGUUUCCAUUGCCCAUUUGGAGAACCGCAUGGCUGCUGCUUUAUCGCUGGGUGCGAAGGAGGAGUUCCGCCUGUACCUGAACAUGUAUGCAAAGCGCAUUGGUGCGGAGGGAUUGAAGGGUAAGGUUGAAGAGCUGCUAAAGGGCUUGAUCGGUGGCCUUUUCGACGACGAGGAAGGGACAGAGGCUGUUUCCAGGCUGCAGGUCAAUGAGCGUGACGGCCGCAAUUGGCGCGAGGGAUCCGACGAUCUUUGUGGCUGGCCGCGGGAGACCCUUCUGAAGGAGGUGAUCCUUGCUCUCGGUAAAUAUCGCGAACUCCAGCGGGUUACGGUCCCAUAUGCUAAGCUCCUGGACAUGGUUGAUACCGCAUCCGAGGCUGGCGAUGCGAUGGAUUUAUAA